AUGCCUACAAAAACUGCGGUCGACUACCUGUCGGCCGACUUGGACGUCGUCGGGGGGGAAGUAGAGAAGGAUCAUCCCAUGAACCUGAGCAAUAUUGCCGCCGACGACGCGAAAUCUUUGCUGCUAGCGUACAAGAGGGACCAGAUCGAUUUUUACGUGUCUCACCACAGAGAUAGUAGAAUGGAUAGAGAUAGCACAGUUGCUGCAGAACAAGUGGUAGACGAAGAAACCAAAAAAUCCCAAAACCGCAUCAAUGACCUCUUCUCCAUGUUCCUGAAAAAAGAAACCCGGAUCAUGGGGCUGCACAGCUGGAAGGCGGAGGUCUGCGUGCGGGUGUUAGUUGCAAAUAAAGGUGAGCUAGUUCUUGAUUACCCUGGUCGGCGGGUGGACCACCGGAAAAAUGAAAAUCGCAAGGUCUUGUGCGAGCAAAAGAUCAGCGAGCCGGGCUGGUGGGAGGUUUGGUUACGGCAGAAACGGCUGCAGAAUAAGGAGACUUUUAAGGAAGUGGUGUAGCAUUAAUACAAGUUGUAGAAGGAGCGAUUUGUAGAGUAUAGUUGUUGUUCAUCUUGAUUGUUAUCACUGUAGAAGAAGAAGUACCUAACUAUUUCACGUGGAGGUUACUGGAGAUUUGGUGUUGUGCGACGUCGUCGUCACGCAUUUUUAUGCAAGAAUUUUUUGCGAAGACAAAGAACAACGCCAGGGCCAGUAUGAAAAACCACUUGAAAUUGAUGUAAAAAACCGCAUAGUUCUUGUCCCACCGGAAGAAGAAGAGGAAAUUUGUUACAGUUGCACAGUAGAAGAAUUUGGAAGAGUUAGAGUCAUGAAGCGUUUUUAAAGAACUUAAACAUCACACGUCCUCGUCGGAGUAAGUAAUGACACUGAGAAGUUGUAGUUGUACCCCCCAGCAUGCCUUAUGAAAUAAGCAACCCAGCUGAAUAAAUUUCGUAAAAACGUAGGAGCUGGUGGUGCCCCUACUACAAGAUUGAUGAACAACUUCCCAUCCAGGCGAUAAUGAGACUAAGAAGUCGUUGUAAAAGGGAAGUAGAACUCCAAGGCGAAAACGCCGAACAGAGUACAUUCAUCUGGAGCUGGCGCCACUCCCGAAAACCAAACUACUUAUGAAUAUCCACCCAACGUCCUCCCCGGAUGCAUAAAAUGAAACGAAAAAAUGCAACCUACUACUUAGUUAGGUUCCACACAUGCUUCGAAAAAUAAAACUAACCCCUCGUAACACCAAAGGAAAGCCAAACAUGAUGAACAGAGCUCCCAAGAAGUUGACGAACAGAGCACCCAAGUACAAGUUGAAAGGAGGGUGAAGUCGAGAGCAAGUGCUCUGAAGAAAUCAAGCUAAGAAUCGAAUAUUCGAAAACCCCUCCUGCUUGGAAAAGAUAGUAAAGAACUCCGCGCUGUAGUUGAUCCUGCAUAGUAUACUGCUUUCACGAUAUAAAAAAAUCAAUUACGAAGAUAUUGCACAGAAGAUUACUUGUAACUGGGGAAGUAGGUUAAAUACCUCCAGGCUCCUGCUGUGCACGACAGACUUAACAGGUGAACGAAGAAAAGCGUCAUGUUUCUACUACAAGACUUGAUGACCACUACUACAAUUAGUUACUCGUCAUGGCGCAAUUCAACAUCUCGUGAGAGGUAUUAGAAGUAAUUCCUCACGGGAGAGGACGAGUAGACCCCUUCACGUUUGCCACUACAAUGGAAAGCAUGUGCUUUUGCCGCUACAGCGUAUAGAAAUAAAAUGAGUAAACG